CUUUAAUUGAACUCCAUUCCAUUUAAUUCUUAAUAAAUAUAAUUACCUUAUCACAAUGGAAGGUGUUAAUAAAAGUGAUUAUCAAAAAUGCAAAAAAACAAAAAAAAAUAUAGCAUGCUCGAGCUUGGAAAAGAAUACAAGUCAAAGGGAUAAAAAAUCUGGAUGGAAAAGUAUGAUGGAAGCUAUUUUUGGUUUUACCAAUGGAGCAAAAAUCCCAAAUGAUCAUAAGCAUUUAAAAGUGACACUAAGGCCGCCUACACCCCCAAAGAAAGUAGUCAAAAUUCUAGAUCCACAUUUGGGUGGCAUAGCUACUUACUAUAACCAAAAAGCAGACGUGAAUAUGGUUCACUUUGUGUUAGAAGGCAAUCGAUUUAUGAAUGGUGAUUGCCUUACAUUUUUAUGUAAAGUUGGCAAAAAUGUUACAAACAACUCCUGUGAUUGGAUAGGAUUAUUUCCAAAAGAGUGGAAAAAAACAUCUGCUUAUGUAACCUUCGAAUGGGUAAAAAAUUUUCCGAUUAUGAAUCAAAUAAACUGCAGCAUUAUAAAAACACCCAAUAAGAGCAUGACGUUUUACAACAAAGGCAUGACAAAAACUUAUAAAGUUAAUAUCGACACUCAGCAUAUUAAAGAAAAAUUGGAUACCACAAACCACUACUAUCUACUCUAUGUGAAUGAAAAUGGAAAAGUUUUAGGACAGAGUCAAAGGUUAUGGUUUUAUAAACCGGAACGAAUUGUUUUGAAUCCUAAUUUUACAAUAAAUCAUACGGAAAAUAAACUACCAAUUUGCGAAGAUUAUAUUAAAUGGCUCGAGCCGUAUAUUUUAAAAAGAUUCUUCCGAGAGUCUGUUGGUAGAAAUGUGUCAAGCAAUUAUAAAGACUAUUCAAAGUAUACGAAAGGUAGAACGAUAGGCAAAAUGUAUAGAAGAGUCUUAAAAGAUGCAAGAAGGAAAAAAAAGAAAGAAAAUGUAAAGAAAUUAAAACCCAAAAAGCUAAAAGUUGAAGAAAAAAGCUUAACUCCCCACAUACUUGAAGCUUUUAACAUAAAUGUAAGCGUCAAAAACGAUGUUAAAAAAAUAGAUUUUAACAAUGAGCCACCCUCCUUGAAAAAUAUCAGCGCCAAAAAUAUAUUUGCCAAAAAGGUCAUAAAUAAAUCGAUUAAUACGGAAAACGAAGAUACUACUUCCAGUAUGAGUAGUGUUAAAGCGGUCCAAAGUUUUGAGAUAUCCGAUAAGAUAAAAUCUAAAAAAUAUGCUAUAAAUAAACGAUUCAAAAAAAAUAAAUCGCCCAAAUUUCAUUCAACCAUUCAGGCCGAUAUUGAUAACACACUGUUGGUGCCUAACAUAGGAGGUCAUAAAUUUUUUAUCAAAAAGAAAUCUAACCUAAAAAGAUGUUUAAAUAAAGAGGAAAGUGUCAGAUUGGCAAGGCUUUCGGCUUUGAAUUAUAACGCGAAAAGAAAAAAUGACAACGAAAUUCCUACUCAGUCGAAAAAAAUAAUAAUUAACACUAAACCUAUCAUAGCCGUAAAGAGAGAAGAACUUAAGCCUUUCGAUAAAUCAACCGCACCACUAGAAAAUAAAGCAAUUAACAACGAGGUUCUAAAAAAAAAGGUUUGUAUGGAUGUAUUGCCAUUUAAGCCAAUGUCGCUAGUGGAAUAUAAACCAAGGAGUGAAAAGUUAUGCCCAUUAGAAUUUUUUUUACAGAAUAAAAAUCAAGAAAUUCCAAAGAUUCAUAAAGAUGUUGAACCAUCGCUUUUUCACGCGACUAUAGUUAUUAAAAAGCAAUUAAGACCUUCGCUUAUAAAAAUUAUUUCCAAGGAUUGCACAAAGAAUAAAUCAGAUACAUUGCUGAACCCCCAAAAUGUUAACACAUUUUUCAAAAAAAGAGAUAAAAGCGAAAUAUUUACCCCUCAAAAUAUUGUCAAAAAUGAAGAUAGAGAGAAACCUAAUAUGGACCAAAAUAAAAAUGGCAACCAUUCUGAUAUUCAUAGCUCUUUUUAUAGUAAUAGUAGACUAAAUUUGUUGCGUAUGAUGGAACUUAUCAAAGAAAAUAAGCAAUUAAUUGGCAGUCUAAUGACCAUGGAGGACAAAUUAGAACAAGCCACACGAGAUAUGGAAGACAAAAAUAUCAAAUUAAUUAAUUAUCAAAAACUCGUGCAUGAGUACGAUAACACUUUUAAAAAAUAUGAUGCAUUUGGGAAAUUUCAAAAGUAUAAGGAGAGCAAUGACAGAACCGUUACUACCAUAUCUGGAGUUCAAAAUAUUGAGCUUGAAGAAUUAUUAAGAAAAAAUAUACAACAAAUUAAGGAACACCAAGAUAUUCUUGAAAAUUAUUUAAAAUUAGAGUCUUUUCUGAUUGAUUACAUAGCCAAACCCCUAAAUACGCAGGCAACGGAAAAUUUCAAAGAAUACGAUUUAGAAUAUUGGAUCAGCUAUUUUAAUGCUAUUACGUAUAUCAAUCAUUUCUAUUACGGGGUAGAACAAAAGGUUAGCAUGGUAAUGGGAUUUUUGAAAAACUCAUACGAGAGUGCUAUAAAAGGCGUAAGUUAUAACAAUAUUGUUGGAUCAUUGAGAUAUUUGUUUAACGAAUUAAAUGGGAUAGAAGAGCCAAUCCGUUUGUACAAUAGACACCAGCCUCAUAGGCCACACAAGAGAAGGCCUUUUGUCAGAAUUGAACCUUUUUGAAAAUUUAACUUCAUUUUACCAUUAUUAGAUAUUCAACUUUUUUAUGUUAUUUAAUGCGUUCAUUUAAAACUUAAAGAUUAUAAUUGUGAUUAAUUUUUUUCUACAAUUAAAUAAAAAA